AUGGUUCUUGUGUGGUUACUUUAUGAUGGCAACUGGAUAGCAAGUGGUGGUUUCCUUGUGGAAGAAGAUAUUGUCCUGACAGCAGCUCAUGUCCAGGAAAGCCCCAGGUAUGUCAUCCUGGGGGCCCAUGAUAUUGAUCGGCAAGAAAAGACAUGGCAAAUAAUUCCUGUGAAAAAAGUGAUCAUGCACCCUAAGUUUAGCAAUGCGACUGGUAGAAAUGACAUCACGAUACUACAGCUGAAGAAAAAGGCCCAACUGACUCCAGCUGUGGGCCUGCUCCCCCUGCCUGGAGAAAGUGACCAGGUGAGACCUGGGCAGAUUUGCAGUGUGGCUGGCUGGGGACGGAUCAAUAUAAAUGACACAACAAACAAGCUGCAUGAGGUGGAUCUUAUCAUUCAAGAGCACUACCAGUGUGGACGCCUCUACCCAAAUUAUGACAGGAUAACUCAGCUGUGCGUGGGAGACCCUCAGAAACAGAUGUGUUCCUUUAAGGGAGACUCUGGAGGCCCCUUGGUUUGCAGAAAUGUGGCCCAGGGAAUUGUCUCCUAUGGAAGUGAAAAAGGAACUCCCCCACGUGUCUUCACCAAAAUCUCCAGUUUCUUGCCCUGGAUAAAGAAAACAAUUAAAGGUCUCCACCUGGAAGAAUCACACUGA